AUGGAGUUGCCUUGCCUCUCAAAGAAAUUAGAAAUCAGAUUCCAAUUGUUAACAAGUGCUCCUGAAGAUGCAUAUUUGAUCUGUAAUUUUUUUCCCCCAUCUUUUAACUGCAUCUUAAUUGCUGCAGCGAACGAAAAGAAUGGCACAAAAAGCCCUUCCAGCGUGCAUUCUCUUAAGGUUCACCAUGAGCAAAAACCUCAAGUGCCUCCUGGAUCAGUGGUUGGCAAGGCAGCAGUUGACAAGGGAGCAAAAGAAGCAAAGGAGAUGCUCAAGAAUGUAAUGCUUGAUAUGCCUUGUGUCUCCACAACUGGAAAUGGGCCAAAUGGUAAAAAGAUAGAAGGAUUUUUGUAUAGAUAUCAGAAAGGAGAGGAAGUAAAAAUUGUGUGCGUUUGCCAUGGAAGCUUCCUGUCUCCGGCCGAGUUUGUCAAGCAUGCAGGCGGAACUGAAGUAGAGCACCCAUUGAGGCAUAUAGUUGUUAACCCUUCACCACCCUUGAUUGUAGCAAGGAAGCUGUAACAUGAAUCCCCUUAGCACUUGGUCAUCGCUGCUUAGUUUUUCUUCAUUUGCCCAAUUUGAUUUAAUGACGUCCAUCACCUAUUGGUUAAAUUUGUUUGUGUUAGGCUGACGCCUUGACUGCUGAGGGGUUCCAUUGUUUCUUUUGUUACUUCUACUUUCAAAUGAGGUCUUCUUCCUGGUUUCAAGAGCUGA